CAGGCCUUGAGCGACAGCGAGAGUGCAACAGCUGAUAUUCUGCCUCCCAGCAUUUGCUGUGAUGGAUCUACAACCCCCGUCGGUGUUGGCUCAAUUGCCUCGCCCUCUCCAUGCCUCCACCGGCAAAACUCACAUCGGUGAGGUGUAUAGUCUGGCCGACUCGAAAAAGCGGAAGAGAUAUGAAGUGGCUGUCGCAGUCGAUGGAGAAGCUGUGAACAUUUAUAAUGUGCAAACUCCAAAGUUGGUGACUUCCUACGCUGUCCCACCGCAAUCGUCCUUCUCUUGUCGGCCAUGCGCAGUGCGCAGAAAACUUCCGAACAAGUCGUCGGUAAAGAGACAGACCUACGGAGCUGUGAGCCGUCCUGAACAGCAGGUCAAGUGUUUCGUCGAGGAGACAGGUGGAAACGAAUCAACUGCGCCCGUUAUUUCUUCGUCAUCUUUCUCUGUGAAAGACUCGAGCAGCCCCACGAUCUUUGUCGGCAUUGUUCCAACAGAUGCAGGAGAGGAGGAUGAGAAGGAUCCAUUCGACAUUCUUUCCGUUCACCAGGAUGGACGUGUACGGAGACUGACGCCUGACCUCAAGAGCCAGCGAUGGAGCAUUCAGCACAGCGAGAUUGCCAAAGUUUGCUCGACCCACGAAGUGCACACAUGCUUCCUUGUAGAGUUUGAAGAUGCGAAGAAAUCGCUGUUCAAGAGAAGACAGGAUCUGGCAGCUCUCGCUCUCGGGGACUUGACAGCUUCUGGAGCCAAUGAGCCCUCUAUCUUGCUGCUUGUUUCGCAUCCAGUUGGCACUGAACAAAUCAGCUUGAAGGACGUGAAAGUCCAAAUGUUCUCCGUUCCAGCACAGUCUAAAGAUGGUCGGAACGUUGAGGAAAGCCAGCGUUUGAGACAUCUAUCGACAAUUGAUAUUCCCGACGUUGACGGUCCAAAAACAUUCACCAGCCAUGGUCUUCAAUGGAACUUCCACUCUGGAUCAGCAGGAUUGAACCUUUCAUUCGAACAGGGGUUCAUCAAUUUCGAUCUUUCCCAAUACACGCCCAGUGUCACUUCGAAAUUUAUCCUUGAGGACGAGAGCUUCUCUUCCAUCAUGCGCAUCUCUCCCCAAUCCGUGAUUGGUGCCGGAAAGUCCCUCGUCGCACUUUACGAUACGCAAUACCAAUCAGUUCAGCGCAGCAUCUCAGUUGAGGAUGUCCCAUCUGCUGGAUCAUCUGGACAGACGGUCUUCAUCAGCUACUUUGCAAAACUGGGCAUCGCGGUAGCGACAAAAGGAAGCACCCUAUUCUCGUUUGAUCUGAGUGCGUCUCACAGCACCCCUGGUUCAUCACUUAAGAGACCCAGAGACGGUCUUUUGAUUGAUGCCAUUGGGCGCGGUAUUGGAUCUUCUGCUGCUCAGUGGGAUGCAGGCUCGAAGAAGAAUCGCACUGAACAUAUGGCAUCAUUGGGCCUCACUUCACCGGAGCAAGUUAAUAAAUGGAACCAGCUGACAAAUGACCUGGAUGGAUUCACCAAGAGCAAAGAUGUUGAUGGAUUUGAUUCUGCAGUGCAAAACUAUUUCGGCACUGGUGAAUCCAAGACUUUGCCUAAAACUGGAAGCCAGGUCAAUCCGGAAAUGAUUCUGUUUGUACUUUCGAAAAUCUUCUCCCUGAAGGAGACCCAGAACAACGACAAUCUCUCGGCGUCCUCGUCCCUCCAACUUGCCAUUGAAUUGUGGCCCAAAAUCACCUGCGACUGGCUCAUUAGGCUAGGGCAGUUAAAUAUGAGCAAUGUCGAGAUUGCCAUGCGACGAUCGUUCAAACCUCGCAUUCUGCCAUCUUUGCCAACAGGCUCUUUCACCCAGGCCUUCCUCAAUGCCAACUCCUCCCGAUGCCUCAUCCAAGUGGUUCGGAGUCAAAGCAUGAUGAACCCGGACGAACUGGCCUACGCGCUCAGGACUUUCUUGAACAUGGCGCGCUCCCACUCUGUGACACUGGAAGAGACAGCCAAAACUCUGACCGAUGGAUCGCACGAGAGUAACAACGACAACAAGCAAGUCUCCAGCACAGAGGCAAGCCUGAAGGAGAUCUUCCAGGGUCUGAACACCACCCUCAAGAAAAUCAACGCCCACCCCCUCCCUACCAUCAUCCAAUCCAUUCGUUCUGCCCUCUCCCAAAACGAACUCAUCUCCUUGGUCCACCACCUCCGUCUCUCCCUCGCAACAGGUGGCUACACCUCCCGCUUCACCGAAAACCCACCCACCCCCGUCACCCCCGAACAAACCUCCCCUCCCCUCCCCCUCGACACCAUCACCAACCUUCUGACCGCCUCCGUCGACGCCAUCGGCCCCUCGGGCUGGAUCUCCGCCGCCGGCGUCGACGAUCCCUCAACCAGAGAAAUCGACCUCAUCGCCGACAUGAAGUCUGAAAUCUCCGCCGCCCUCGCCGGCGUCGAAGAGGCCACUUACCUCAAGGGUAUCCUCCGCGAAUACCUCCGCUUCACCGACACCGUCGCCGCCUCCUCCAACAACGCCAGCAAAUCAACAGAGACCGACCAGUCCUCGGCACUGGUGCGACACGAGAAGCUCAACGGCGCAGACCUGAUCGUGUACACCCCCGCAGAGAGAGAAGACGGCGAUGAGGGCGACGCUACCGGCAAGCUGCUCCCAUUGUCGCUCAAGGCGGCUUCCGCAGACGUCAGCAAGACCAAGGUCAAAAAAUCCACCGGCGAAGUCAAGUCGAGGAGUAGUCGUGAAAUGGGAUACUUGCGACGGAAGGCUGGCGGCAAGUAUUCGUUUGAGAGGCUUAUUGUAUAGAUAUACUAUUAUUAAAAGUAGAAUGAUGCUUUUUCAUACAUAUACUUGAUUUUUUAUGCAGCACGAACGGCAUUUGGUUAUCAAAAAAUCUAAAUUUUAUUCUG